UACCUCUGUUUUUUCCCCUUACUUAUGAGAGAAGGACCAACCACAGCAUCAGACAGACUCGCUAAUUCAUUCAUCAUUGGAGAAGAGGAGUCUAUGCGAUGGAGAAUCAGGUUGUUUCACCGCCCCACGUGGAUGCAUCUCGACCGUCCAUCGGCUUCCCUCUUGGCACAGCUCUCCUCUUGAUCAUCAUUUUCAGCUUGAGUGGCAUCUUCUCCUUCUGCUAUCACUUGGACAAGCUCAGGUCACUCCGCCGAUCUUUCGCCGAUGGUUCCCAUCCUGACGCCGACAUUGAAACUUCUCUCUCCAGACCCACGCCUGGAUUUGAAGCAAAACCAAAGCCAGAGCUUGCCUGUAUUAAUGCCGGGAGACCGGAUCCCAAAGUUCAUAGCAUUACCAUGUCCAUGUCAACCUCCACGGCAAGACAAGUUCGAAGUAAAAGUUGAAAAGCCGCCCAAGGCGCCGCGUUUCCCAUGACCUUUGGGAUUGGCAACUUGAUUGUACAUAUUUAGAUUA